AUGGUCGUCUACAACUUCAAGAAGAUCCAGACCGUUCCGCCGGCCAGCGACUUUGUCGACAUCAUCCUCACGCGCACGCAGCGCAAGACGCCGACGGUCAUCCACCCGACGUAUGCGAUCUCGCGCAUCCGCGCGUUCUACAUGCGCAAGGUCAAGUUCACGCAGCAGACGUGCCAGGAGAAGCUGAGUCAGAUCAUCGACGACUUCCCGCGCCUCGACGACACUCCACCCAGCAUGGUCGCGCCCCGCGACGAGUCGGGCUUCCGCGACGAAGCCAUGGCCGAGAAGUCGAUGAAGCUCAUGAAGAAGCAGCAACGCCAGAUGAACACGAUGGCGCGCGCCGGUGAGGCCGAUCGCCAUGCGACGCCCAAGCUCGCCAAGUGGCAAAACACGGGCAAGCGCGGCAACGGCUCGACCAACUCGAGAUAA